UGGUUGCUAUUGGUUAGUGUUGAAGUAGUGUUGAAUAACUGUGCUUUCGAUUGAGCUCUUAGAGAAGUGAUUCGCGGAAUGACGACUGGUGAAGGGCUUGUCUAUCAAUAAUGCACAACAGUGCCGUUCAAGAUCUCUCGCGCAUGCGUAAAGUCCUCCACAGUUCUGCAUACAGGUGCGCGCAUACACCUGUCAACGGUGUACAGACCGCACACAUGUGCACGAGCGCUUCAUGCGAGUGACAGACGAGAUUCAAACACACGGGAAAAGGUGGCUAAUUGAUUGACACAUGGAGCUAAUUGGAUCCACCCAGAUGGCCACUUAUGCUCGGCCCAAAACCAGCCACUUCCUGCCAGCCAUAUCCACCACGGCAUCCAGUUACAGGAGCCACCAGCCAGCCCUUACCCUCAACCAGAAUUCAAACAUGCCCUGGAGGACUAAUUCUUACUUUAGAAGUGGCAGCGCUAUCCCGACUGUAUCAGCACUUCAAAGAGACAACCUGGACUUAGUCCGGGCCAAAACCAUGUUCUACCCCUCUAAUAGGACGGCUCUCAGUACACGAUACAUGCCAGAGGACUGGUACAAGUCUAACCAAAGUAACUACAGGGAGUCAGAGUCGUCCCGGAACAGUGCCGAAAGGCUUCGGAGGGACACGAUUCGACUGAUUCAGGAUAAGGACCAGCUGACUCGCAGAACUCAGGACACCACUAGCAAGAACAUCGGAGAAAGACUGAACGACAUCAGCUUCUGGAGGUCCGAGCUCAAUCAUGAGAUAGACAACAUGGUGACAGAGAUAUCAGCUCUAACGGAUGUGAAAAGAAGGCUGGAAAGAGCACUAGCUGAGACAGAAGGGCCACUGCAGGUGUCUCAGGAAUGUUUGUUCCACAGAGAGAAACGGAUGUCCAUUGAUCUGGUUCAUGAUGAUGUAGAGAAAGAUUUGAUUAAGGAAGUGGAGGUGAUUAAGUCAUGUCAGGAGAGAAUGAGGCGACAUUUAGAGCGAGCUAUUGCUCAACUAGCGUCGAAUCGUGCAGCACAGCAUGAACUAGAGAGAGAUUUGAGUGACAAGGUCACAGCACAGAGAAUCGAUGACAGGUGUCACCAUCUCAGAAACACCUCUGAUGGAAUCAGCUACUAUAGAGGAAUUGAUCGCCUGGACCCAUCUAUCAGCCUUCCAGACUCCUGGUCGAAGUUCACCGACGAUAACAUCCUGCAUUCUCAGAGUCAACGAGCCGCAUCUCACAAACUCCGUGAUGAGAUUGAGAUUCUGCUCAAUGCCACUUCAAACGAGAUGUGGAACCAGUUUAACACUGUGAACGUGUCAUUCACCAACCGUAUCUCUGAGACGGCAGACACCAAGAACAGUCUGCAAACUCACCUGGCCAAGACCCUUCAGGAAAUCUUCCAGACCGAGAUGCUGAUUGAAGCUUUAAAAAAGGCAAUCCGAGACAAAGAGAACCCACUUAAAGUGGCCCAAACCCGCCUGGAAGAGAGGUCUCGCAGACCCAACGUCGAACUCUGCAGAGACAACCCUCACCAUAGGUUGAUUACAGAGGUGAGGGAGAUUGAAGACACCAUUCAUAAGCUGAGAGAGAGAUUGAUGGAGGCCGAGAAGACUCUGCAGACUCUGGUAAAGACGAAAGUUGCUCUGGAGCAUGACCUGUCAAUCAAGGCCAACUCUCUGUUCCUGGAUCAGGAAAAAUGCAUGAGCAUGAGGAAGAGCUUUCCCAGCACUCCUCGUCUAGUCGGAUACACCUAGAUCUCCCAGAACCUUCUCUAGAAGCUGCUUAACCAUUAAACUAAAUUCAAAUGUUGAUGUUUAAAAGACAAACUGCAAGAUUAGUGUCAGAACAGCUUGACAGUUCCUACUUAGUUGACAUCUUAUACGUCACUAUUAUUGCUUCACUCACCUCUCUCUGUUAGGCUGAACACACCAUAAUGAUUGUAAUGAUUAGAAUUGAUUGUCUCUUGUACGUUGCCUGUCUGGAUAAAAAAAAAAAAAAAAAAAAAAAUCAAUAAUCCCUGAACUGCUAGAAAAUAGUAAAAUUGCCCUUUAGUGAAGUAACUUUAUUAGCACUAAUCAAUUUGAUAUUUACCAUGCAUGAUUAUAGUGUUUUGACGUAGAUGUGAAGUUUAGAGAAAAACUUGUUUCAUGAAAACAAAAUGACAUUGUGUGUAGUGUUCUUUAAAUAUGACCAUUAAGGUUUGAUUUAAGCAGUGAAUGCACCUUUAAUCAUAGUAGUAGUAAUCCUUGUUAGUCUUAUUAGAAAACAUUAAUAAUGAGUAUAAUACAAAGCUCAGUUCAUCAGCGAUCUUAAGUGCUCCAGACAUCUGUUGAACUGAAAUUGUAAACCGGUUUGAUUUCUGCUCAGGUGCGACAUGAUUCUGACAGUUUGCAGACAGUGGACACGACACCUUGCUUUUGUUUGUUUAGUUCAGAGGUCCACUUGAGGGCUGUCGCUGAUAAGUGAUCUUCAAUCCACACUUCCCUGAGUUUACCAAAGCACAGUGGAGCUGUAGUUCUCAUGUUCUUCUGAAGUACAAACACACAUUUCAGAAACAGAUGCCACAGGCAAGCAGACUCAUUGUUAAGUAUAUACACAGCAUCUGGGUUUAUUGAUUCAGAGGGGGAACGUGUUUGCUCUUAUAAACAACACAUUGGUGUUCUCCUCAAAAACACACUUCAAACUCUUUACUUAUAAAUCAAAGUCUGCUCUGUAGUCGGAAUGUUUUACAGUACAAGAUGCACUUGAGAUUAUGUAGGUGCAUCCCUAAGAACAGUGAGUUAUGCGAUUUUGAAAACAUGCUUAUGAUAAAUAUAAACAGAGCAAUGGAGACAUAAUGGAGAGCUAUGUUAUUAUGAAGAUUAUAUGUUAUAGUUAUAGUUCAGUUGAGUAUCGGUUUUGUCUGUGAUUUUUCUUCUAAAAUUUCUUAAUAAAUUUAAAAAAUAAACACAAAUUUUUCCUUAAAUACAGCAAGGAUUCAUUAAAUUGAUCAAAAGUGCCAGUAAAAACAUUUACAGUGUUAUGAGAGUUUUAUAUUUCAAAUAAAUGCUGUUCUUUUGAA